CUAUUGUAAUUUUUGUUGUACAUAGGAAAAUUUAUACCUACAAUAGAUAAAAUGUCCACUGAAGAUCCUGAUUGGGAUACAAUGCUACAAAUUGCUAAGUUACAACAACAGCAAUAUUACGAAUAUUUUGCUGAUUGGACAAAGUAUAAGAAACAUGAAUAUAAGUAUUUAAAACAAAAUAUUGGUUUUGCACUGUUUGGUACUCCAGCAGAAGAUAAAAAUGCUGAUGUUACUUUGAAUGAUGAAAAUAAAAUAAAUAAUGAACAAGAUAUCAUUGAUAGUGUUUAUUAUUCAUCUAAUGCAAACAAAAUGAUAGAAGGUGUAUAUGAGAAAAUAUAUAAAUUUGGAGAGGGGCGCAUAGAACAAGGAACAAUUUAUUAUGGACUAAUUUACAACAUAACAUUUCGUACUAAAAAAAGUGGGAAGGAAAAAACUAAAACUAAUUCGAAAGAAAAAGAGAAAAUAAAUGUGUUAUCAACACCAGUUUUUAAGAUAAAUUGUGGGCAAUUUAAAAUAUGUUAUAUUGAUAAUUUUGGUAGAUUGUAUGAUACUUGGGACGAUUAUAAAAUAAACAAUACUUUACCAAAGUGUAAAAUGGUUCUUCCAAAAGAUGGAUUUUAUCAACCUGAUAAAGGAUAUGAAAUUACAAAAGACACUUCAACAGUAUGGUUGGAAAUUUUAGAUUCACCUGCAUGUAGUGAUGUAUCUGAUGUUUGUAAUGCUUUAGAUACAAUUUCUAAUAUAACUGGUGCACUUGGAGUUGGUUUGACUGCUGCAUCUUUCUUCACACCUAUUGUCCCAAUUGCAGCAGGUGCAACACUAUGUAGUGGUAUAAGUGGUCUAUGGACAGUUGGCAGAUCAACACAGAAAUUAAAAGAUAGAUGGUCUCAUAAGGAAAGUAUAAGUAUAACAAAUAGGAGCGCAUUUUGUGCAUGGUUAAGUAUAACUGGCUGUGCAACUGGUUUAAUUGCAGCUAGUGGAAAUAUAGUUCUUAAUAAUUUUAUUAGAAAUGGUAGUAAAAUAGGCAAUGUGACUAAAUUUUCAUAUAAUACAUUACUAAUAAGUAACUUAACUGUUAGUGGUAUUAGUACGGGAUAUCAGGGAUAUUGUGUAUAUGAAAAAUAUGUGACUGAGGAAUCAGUUCCUCUUUUAGAUAUAGCAAUUCUAACAACACAUAUUUUGUUCUUUAGUCAUACAGUUUUAAAAACUCAGUUUGCAGGAGAACUCAUUAAAUCAAAGCAAGGCAAAAUUUUAGAUGAUUAUAGAGCAAGCUUACGUUCUAAAAAUCUUAGAAAGAAGUUUAAUCGUAUGAUACGUAAAGCGGCUAAAAAUAAUGAUGAUACAAUAUCUAAAAAUGCUGAAGUUAUACGUUAUAUCAGCAAUAAGGAGCAUUUACAGCUUAAUGAUAAUUUAAACAUUCACACACAAAAGAGGAAUACGUUAUUGUUUAAAGGUGGAAAAAUGGUAAUUUGUGAUAUUCCUUUGAUGGAUCCUUUCAUAUUUGUGGAAACAUUAAUUGAGCUCGAUAGGAAUCCGGAGAAACAAGAUUCAGAACUAUAUUCUGUAUUCUCAAAUAGUCAAGAAGAUAAUGAUAGGGAAAACGUAUUUUGUCAGUUACAAAAUUUGUUGUUACAUUUGUUAAAGAAUGCAUCUUUAGAUCAUAACGAAAUGGAAUUUGAUAUUACUAAAUUUGCAAACAUUUUACAUGAUGUAAAGUAUAUGGAGAAUGCUAUAUUUCUUUUUAAGCUACUAUUUAUAAUAUCUUUUCACUUAAUGAACGGUUCCUCUUCUUUGAUACUACUUUUAGCAAUUAAAUUUAUAUGGACUUAUGUCAAAGAAAGUGUGAAACAGUGUUGUUUAAAGAGUAUUACUAUGAAGGAUGAAGAAAAACAAGCAAAAGUACAUGAUAUAAUAAUUGGGAUAUUUGAUAAUAUGGAUGAGUUACUCCAAAAAUUAUCACCUGCUUUCAAAAAAUACAUAUUACAGUGUCAAUUUAUAUAA